AUGACGGGCCCGGAGGCUUCAGCGCCUCUGAGUCCAGUGAGCGCUGUGGCAACAGCAGAGGAGGUGGCAGAGGCCGCCUGGGCUGAUGCCGCGAAGUCGCUCCACCCCGCGAUGAUUGCGCCACCGCAAGCUGAGCGCUUUGAGCUGUCCAGCGAACCUGGCUGUCAGAAAGGCGUCGCAGGUCGCCAGGCAUGUUUUUGUCGCACGCUUCCAGUCGGCCAACUGCUAGAGGAUGCUGACGGUUAUGACAUCCUCGCGAAGCUCGUGUUCUGCGGACCGCAUCCCAGGCAAGGAGAUGAGGAAGAAGCGGUUCCUUCGGAGAUCUGCCUGAUCCGAGAAUGGGAGCUUGGUCAAUUAAGGCGAGGCCUGCGGCGUUGUCAUCGGGAGGUCGUCGGCAGAGGAUGGAUCCAGCCAGAGGGAGAUAUACGAGGUGAGAACAUGAAGUACAUUUGCACCUUCCGAGUCGGUUUGGAAGACGAUGAUGAGUUUUGCUUGGUCAAGAGGCUGCUUGGCAAGGCCGGGUGCAACAUGCGACGCAUUGCAGACGAGUGCAAUGCCAAGGUGCGCUUGAGGGGCCGGGGAAGCGGCUACUUGGAAGGCUCCACCGGCUUGGAGGCUGAUAUGGCUUUAUAUCUUCAUGUGAGCUGUGUGACUUUCGCGGAAUAUGCGGCAGCAGUGAAGAAGGUUGCGUCAUUACUCCAAGACCUCCACCAGCAUUACAGGCGGUACUGCUUCUCCAAGGGCAUGCAGCCGCCAGCUGUGCAGUGGACAGUGGAGGAAGUCCGUCGUGACGAUCUUCGCUUGGAUAAGCUUUCGGGCGGGAAGGCUCCUGCCUCUUCUGGAGCUGCCACCUGGCCCUUGGCAAAGAGAUCUGUGCCAUCUAUGACCAAAGCCCAGUCUCCGUCGGAAUCAACAGAUCCUGGCGUGGAGCAGAGAGGUGAAGGCUGCGAUGGAGACGAGCAGACUCCGAGGAAGGAUGACCAGCCGUUCGCUGUGGUGCCAAGCACCCCCAUCGGACGCAGAGCAGCCGCGAGGGCAGGUGGUGCCCGAGCAGCAGCCGAAGUUUCUGCUGCUGCCCGUGAGGCUCAGAGUCGCCAGCGACGGGACAGAGAUUGGAGAGCCCAACGAAUCCAGGAAGACUGGGAAAGGGCUUCUCGGAAACCUGGUCGAAAUGCACCGCGUGGGGCUGGCACGCUGACUCGACUCCCGGCUGAUGCUGCUUUGACCGUGAUGCCUGGCAUAGCUCCCAUUGGCGCCUUCGAGACCUCCCGAUCUGAAGGCGCAGCAAAGAGAGAAGAAGCCAAAAAGGGCAAGGGCAAAGGCGGCAAAGGCAAGGAGCUCCAAGAAAAAGAGAGCAAAGAGCCCAGCAGCGGCCGCCAGUCCAAAGGCCCGGACAGCUUUGCAGAAGCCACGAAGAAACCAGCUGUGCCACAAGAGCCACCAUCACCAGUAUCGACCACGACACUCACUGCAUCUCCUGGCACAGGGUCCUACUUGUCAACCUUUAGUGCCUGUGCCUCCCCGGAAGCAGAACAAAGCACGUCCGAAUGCAACGCGACGGAUCCACGAGAUCAGUUGCCGACGAACUUGGAGCUAGCAGACUCGGCCGCUGGAACCAGACGCCCGUGGUCGGCUGCACCGAGGGGUCCGCCAGGGACAUGGUUCUCCCCGACAAAGAAGGAGCUCGAUGACUUGUAUGCUCCCCUGCCCAUGGCGCCAUCUAUGCCUGCACUGGAAGGAGUCCCCACCGACUAA